AUGAACUACCUUCUGCACCGUCACCGAAGUCCUGGCGCGGUCGUACCGAUCCCACCCGAUCUCGAACCGCUAAUGGAGGAAAUGGCUCGCGAGGUGUUGCGCGCUCAGCCACCCAACGUGAUCGACUUUCUGGCGGACUACCUCGAGGGCCGGUUGGCCCGUCGGGAAAAUCGCCGGCUAGCCGAGAAGGUGGUCGAUAACGUGCUGGACUAUAGCUUCGAUAUCGUGGCCAUGCUGGAAUCGGUCGGUAUCGAUUCGAACCGUGCGGAACAAGCCGUCAAGCGCAUCCGCGAGGAGUUUCACCGGCACUUCGAGACGAAACCGGAUGACGAUCGGAUACGGGACGAGUUUCGUGAGCGGACCGUGCUGGAGCGGCUCGUAAACGAGUGUCACUUUACCGAGAAGGAAGCUCGCAAAGCGUCUCGCAUUAUAGAGCGCGCUUACAGGACGUACUACUUCCGGAAUGCGUACAAAGGCGAACACGCGCCUGCUAAGGACAGCGAUUGGCGCCAGGCGGCGAAACACACGCUAAGUUUGUACGCUCAAACUGGCCCAACGAAGCAUGAGAUGGAAGCGGCUGCUCGAAGGAUACAGGUGGCGUACCGGGCGUACUACAAGCGCAAGCGUCAGGAACUCGAUCGGCAGGCAACGAUCAUUCAACGGGCGGUUCGUAAUCACCAGAAUCGCCAACAGACGGCCGCCCAACUCGAAGCCGUACCGUCGGAAGUUAUCCGUCAUGAAAUUCUGGAGAAUCCCGCGGUUGAGGAGUUCUCACCGUCGCAAGAAAUUCUCGCUCUUGUCGAUGCUGCGAUCGGGUUUGUAACCGUACCGGUGGUUGACGAUCGGUCACAGGAUACGUCACCGCAGGAUCUGGAUCAAGCUGCGUCGCUGAUUCAAUCGGUGUUCCGAGGACAUCAGGUUCGCAAACAGAUCACUGGCGGGUCUCCACAUGCGAUGGACACUGUCGUGCGAGAAAUGGAUGAAGAUCAAGCAGCUACGGUGCUCCAAUCGGCAACCCGUGGCCAUCUCGCUCGAAAGCGCGUCCAGCAGGAGCUGCACCAGCACCAGAUGGCGACGGUUCUGCAGUCCCACGCGCGCGGUUUUCUGGUCCGCAAGCAACUUCAGCGGAACGCUCCCGGUGACAGCGACGAUGGCGCGCCAUCCGUGAACCCGUGA